GCCAAUGGCAAUAGAGCUCUCCUCGAACUGUGAGUGUCCGAACUGUUUGGGAUGUAGUCAGAGUGAGUCUGACUGGAAUUCCCUUCUCGGAAAGAGGGAAGAUGUUGCGUCACUCUCCAGACCAAGUAAGAAAUCCUCACUCUCUCCCAUCAUGAAACGCUUUCUUUCCCAAUCUUGUUCCAACGGCCUGAAGAAUGAUAACAAGGAAGACCCUGUGUUUCUCCCUUCAGAGGAAGAAAGUUCUAUGGGCUUCUCUCAAAGGCAAAAUCUCAGCGAGACCCCAAAGAACACCAAACGGAAAAUCAAACCAUCGAGAGAGCUGACUAUCCUAGAAGUACUGAAGAAGUUGGGAGACCGUGGGAAGUUUCAGUCGUACUCCAGGUCCUUGGGACACUCUAAAGACCACGUGAUUGUGAUGUUCAGACGAGCUCUGUACUAUUCUGGAAUCUGGGUAAAACAUGUCCAAGGCUCUAAAUUGGAAAAUCACUUUUCAGCGAAUUAUUUCAAAAGAAAUCCCAGUAGCCUCCACCGGUUGAUCCCUUGGCUGAAACGAGAACUCACUGCUGUUUAUGGAGACUAUGGCUACACAGUGAAGAAUAUUCUAGCUGCCAUUCUCCAUCACAUGACCAAAUUCGACCUGGAGAGUGAAUCUUUCGCUCACCUACUGGAGCCUUAUCUCCUACAGCAUACCUGCCACUUUCUGCAUGAGUUCAUCAGUUUUGUUCAUUCGUCUUACGACGUGGAGACCUAUGACCGGAGUGCCGUCUACCAGUGUCCUCUUUCAACGUGGGUGAAAAGCAAGAGCUUUAUUUCCGCUCCAGUCUUGUCUUUGCCUGAUGAUCUCUCCCUCGUGAUAUCUCAGCAAGGAGCAAAGCAGUCAAAGAACACCCAGGUUCAGUGGAACAAGACUGGGAAGAGGCCUCUCUCUGACUUGAAGCAGUUCCCUAACGGCAGUUUUUCCGUACAAAGUCCUACAGCCUCAACGACCCAUCAGAAAACAGCAAGCAAAGUCAAUACUUGGACCAAAGACGAAGGGGAAUUAGAUGAUUUCAAGGAUGUGGUUUGUACCACCAAUUUGUUACUGGACUGGGAUAAUCUCAAGGAAAGCGUCCCAGGCACAGAUGUUCAAGAGAAAAAGACAGAAAGCCCGAAGCUGCUCCCCGACCAUGUUGAGGACCUGCAGAAUAGUGGAACCACUUCCCACACCUGGAGAGCAGCAGUGGAUUCUAAUCGAGUUCCACCAAGAAAGUACAAUUUAAAGGAAACAGAUGUUUUGAGUCCUGGCCAACAGGUACAUUAUCAGAAAAAAGAAAUAGAAAAAAAGAAAAAGAAGCUUGAAGGACCUUCAUCAAAGGCUUUUCAAAGAUUGUCUAGAGAAAGAACCCAGAUAAACAGCAAAUCCAGAGAAAGUGAUCUUUCUAUGAAUUGUGUCUCUGGAAAUGUCCCCUUUCCUACUAGAAAUGGUAAAAUGCCGGUUACUUUUACAAAAAAGAAGAGAAAGUGCAGCCAGUCUUCUCAAUCUAUAGAAGUUGGUUCACACCACAGUACAAGAACCCAGAUAUUAUCCAGUUCCAGGACACCCAUAUCCAAAUCCCGGUGUGCCGGGCCCAGAAAGCAAUCCAUAAGCAGAGAUCAGAGUAAUCUCUUUUUGAGGGGAAGUUACAAAAGCAAAUGCUUCACCCAAAAUACACAUGGUGAAUCAUCAAAAGGAAAUUUGCACGGCUGUGAAUCAGGCUGCAGAACUGCAUCUUUGACCCCAGUCCACCAGGGCAAGAUUUGUUUACCUGCUGGGAGGAGACAAAGCUUCACCUCUCUAGGUAACUGUGAUUCUCAAACUAGAAGAGAAUGUGGCAGUCUCACAGGCCUCCAGACUGAGACAUGUGUGUCCCCAAGUCAUCAGCAGAAGAAGGGAAAGAACCUACUCGAUAGAACUAGGAAAGUCGGGACACUUGAACCCCUCAAAUCCAAAUGCCAGUAUGAGGGUUCUCAGACUGCAGCAGAGUUCUGUGUUUAA